UGAGAGUGACAGCUUUCAAAAACAACACUGUGUGACAUUUAGACAGUCCCUGGACAUUCUGUUGCGUUACCUGGCAUAAGGUCCACUCAUUGUGUCACCCAUUCAACACAGGAGAACAAGAAUCCAGUAUGUUCAGCACAAAGAGGUUGAAGAAGAAGUCUCAGUCAGUGGACAUCCCUGAUGAGGGUUACACUGGUUCUCUCGUCAAAAACCCGCUGGCAUCACCCAUUAUACCAAGUGUGGCCAGAACAACCAUUAAUGAAGAACUGGACCUCAACACCACCAGCAUACAGAAGGCUCGUAAUCCUCGCCGUGGAGAACUCAAACGAGGAUAUACCAUAGACACUGGGCAGAAAAAGAGCGCAUUGGAGAGGAAAGAUGUGCGCCGGAUAUCCUUCCAAAGGCCUAAAGGCACCAUGGAGUAUGUGGUGGAGUCACGAGACACACUCAACAGCAUUGCAUUGAAGUUUGACACUACCCCUAAUGAGCUUGUACAACUCAACAAACUCUUCACACGAGCAGUGGUCCCCGGCAAGGUGCUUUAUGUCCCUGACCCGGGAUACAUCUCCAGUGCGGACAGCUCCCCCUCUCUCAGUCCCAUCAGCCCCCUCUCUCCCACCUCCUCUGAGGCCGAUCUGGGGAAGGCCACCACAGAUUCAGAAGAUGUCCAUCGAAGACAACACAACACUGGUCACGGGGCCCCCCGACCAGCCCGCGUGGUAUCGUCCACUUCCGAGGAGGAUGAGGCGCUUACGGAAAAGUUUCUUAAAAUGAACUGCAAAUACAUCACGGAUGGCAAGGGGAUAGUUAGUGGUAUACUGCUGGUCACCCCAAACAACAUCAUGUUUGACCCUCAUAAGUCGGACCAAUUGGUGCAGGAGAGAGGAUGUGAGGAGUACGGGAUCAUGUGCCCCCUAGAGGAGGUGCAGUCUGCAGCCCUAUGCAGGGAGAUCACCGACAUCAGGGUCAGAGAGCUUGUGCCACCAGAUCUGACGCUAGAUCCUUCUGCAACGGAGGUAAGCCACCCCAAGAGAGUGCCACGUCUAAAUACCACCGAUGCGGCACACCGAAUCCACGAGACGGGCAACGACAGCGCCAGUACGGCCCCUCGUAGCACAGAAGCUUCACUGUCCGAAGACGUUUUUACCGAGUCUGAACUUUCACCAGUACGUGAUGACGGUGUUGCGACAUCUUCUGACGAACUGCAGCUGAUAAAAUCCUCAGGGGCAUCUUCUGAAUCAAUGCAGACCAUCAACCAGGCUGCCAUAGCCUUGGAAGAACCUUCAAUGGCUGACAAAAAGGAUGUAAAAGGAGUGAUACAAAAUACAGACACUGAGGAAACAGGGUUGAGGGAUAGUGGCAUUACUAAAAGCCUGAAUCCUGCAGACGUAUUCAAUGAGGUGCUGUCAGGGAAUGAUCUGGAAAACGCAAAAAAGGACCAACCUGUGGACGAAGCCAAAUCACGAGUCAACUAUGAGUCACUUUGUUCGUACACUGUAGCAGCUGAGGAUUCAGCAAAAGGCCAGGAGACUCAGAAAAACCGGGGGGAACAUACUAUGCAAUCUACCAAUAAUAUGAAGAGGGAAGGGGAACAAGGAAUGUCCAGUGAGGUUACAAUAGCCAAUGAGGUUGUAGCAGAAGAGGGGCAGAGUUCAGAGGACGUUGUGUCGGGUCCCAAAAACAAGCAGAAGUCCCAUAAGUUCCUGUGUCUGCGAGUUGGCAGGGCCAUGCGGAAGACCUUUGUGUCCCAUGCCAAUGCCUCCAUGCAGCAGUACGCCCAAAGAGACAGGAAGCAUGAGUACUGGUUCGCCAUUCCGUCUGAGAGGUCAGGCCACCUAUUUGCGUUCUUUGUCCAGUGGACCCCAGAUGUGUAUGGGGAAGGGUUGGUGGGAGUGACACGGGAGCCUAGGUUUGUAGUGGUUAAAAAGAACCAGGAUGCUGAAAGUGGGGAGCACGACAGACCAGUGCCAGAUAUCACAUUCAAGGACUGGGAGGUAGUUUCUGUGACAGAGUACUACCGGCGGAUAGAUGCGCUAAACAGUGAGGACCUGCGCUCACUCUGCAAACGCCUUCAGAUCACAACCAAGGAAGCGGUGAACUCCAAACAUAUAGUGAAGAAUGAACCAGAACCAGAGUCAUUCAGGCCCAAUCUGAAUGAGCCCAGUGAUCUCCUGCAACCAGAUCAGAUCGAGAAGCUGGCCAAGCACUUGCCCCCCAGGACGUUCGGCUAUCCUUGGUCCCUGGCAUUCAGCACGUCCAAACAUGGCAUGAGCAUCAAGAGCCUGUAUCGUGCCAUGCAGGGCCAGGAAUCGCCAGUUCUCAUGGUGAUCAAGGACAGUGAUGGGCAGCUGUUUGGAGCCCUUGCUUCAGAACCUUUUAAAGUCAGUGAUGGCUUCUAUGGCACAGGAGAGACCUUCCUCUUCACCUUCUGUCCAGACUUUAAGGUUUUCAAAUGGACUGGCGACAAUUUGUUCUUCAUCAAAGGAGAUCCAGACUCCUUGGCCUUUGGUGGUGGAGGGGGUGAAUUCGGUCUGUGGUUGGAUGGUGAUUUGUAUCACGGCAGAACUAACUCCUGUAAGACCUUUGGAAAUCCAAUGCUCUCAAAAACAGAAGAUUUCUACCUGCAGGACAUUGAGAUCUGGGCCUUUGAAUAGCAUCCCCGCCACAUGGACUCUGUAAAAAAUAAAUGGGUUUAGAUGGCUACUUCCACAACCCCUUCACGACCUGAUUGCACACUCUCCUCUUGGCUCUCAAGAAAACCUGAUAUAAGCCGAGCAGACUGUAAAAUACAGUGUCCAAUUGCCCUUUAUUUCUGGAAAUGCGGAGCGUUGAUGGGUGUUCUUUCCUGUUUGUGACCCAGGUGUCUCAAUGAAAGGGGGUUUAAGGUCAUACGAACACAUUUUUACCUAUUGGCUGCCUGAAGUCCUCUAGUCUUGAGGAUAAGGAAGGGCACCAAUGAAUGUUGUAUAAUUUCCCAAGGAGUCUAAAAUAACUUUUAAAGUUGUAAAACAUGGGGUUUUUAGUCCUACUACUUGUCACCUGUAGCGUUACGUCUAUAUCAAGCACAUUAUAUUUAACGUCAAAACCCCAACAGGCAGUAUAUAAUCAUAUGCCUGUACUUGACGUCUUAUUCAGUACCGUUUUGCUGUAGAAAUAUGGAGUAACAUGCAAAUUAAUAUGUGGUGCCCUUUUCAUACCAAUAAGCUUCCUGUAAUUCUCUUAUUGCGUUCUGGGAGUGCUGUAGUUACAGGAGUAAUGUGUCUGAAAUGUCAAUGAAUAGGAACCAAUUGCGGGGGGUUUGGGAGGGGGUGCAUCUGAGGGAAUAUAUACAUAUAUAAAUACAUAUAGCAAUUAUAUAUUUAUACCUUUAUUAGUGUACUGUGUACAUACAUACUUGAAAAAUCGCUGUUAUGAGUGAACAGUGAUAUGUUUUGCGCUACUGUCCUAAAGUAUAAUCACAAUUGUACAUUUUCCUUGUAUAUUUGUUUCAAUAAAUGCAUUUCUAUAUGCACACAAUGUAAACAUUUCUCCAGUGUAAACCUGGGAGUGAAGAGUUUUCAACAGGUGGCUGGUGUCUUGAGACUAGCUCCUCAUGUCAACAGUAACCUAGGAUCUGUAUAUAUGGUGACCUUGGCAUUUUCGAGGGAUCUGAUGAGGGUGAUGAGAGACUAAUGACUGGUGCAAUCAGACCCAAUCUCCAGAGCUUAUAGGUGACUGGUGCCAACAUUAAUUGAGAAAGCCAGUUACUGAAAUAUUUACAAAGAGCCACUCAGGGCACAUUGACACAAGUUUCUGAAAAACAGGGAAAACUGAUGAAGAAUGUUAAAUAGAAAUGUUCUAUUUUGUCUUGCAUUGACUAUACAGGAACGUAUUGUGUAAUUGUCUCUUAGCAGUAUUCUAACUUUUAGUUCGUGCAGAGAGAUGCCAAUUUGCCAUUGUGGCCAACUGCGCGUCUGUUGUCAGAGCAGAUGUCUUGUUGUGAAGGUCUGAAGGUCUCUGCAUGCUGUGGGACUGUAGAUUUGAUGGACUGAAAGGCCCCUCUGGGGCCACCUACGCUUUUCUGGUAUUCCAAUGCAGCAUUUGAUGCCCAUGUGGAAGAAUCAUUAAUGCCCUAAAACAACCCUGAUAGAUGAAUAUGUAUCAAUGUAUUAACCACAAUAAAGUCCAUGAAAU